CAAAAAACCACAACAGCAGCAGUACAGUUUUGUAAACAAAGCGUGGCGACAAUUAAUAUCAAAUGUAAAUGUAAAGGAAAACAAAAACAAAAAAAAGAAGUGCUGAGAAAAUGAAAAUGUUUAAGCAAAAUGUUGAUAAUAGCGGUAGCCAAAAAUUACCAUAAAACCAAAACUACAUUAACUUGAUAAAAUCGAUAAGGUAAAUAGGAAGCGAAUCGAUAAAGUAAAAUAAAAAAAAAUCCACCAAAAAGCGCAGAGGAAACAGAAGAAAGCCAGAUCGCAAAAAGAAAUAAUUUUGCUUUCUUCUCUUCUCAGAUUUCCCUCGUGCGUCUGUGUGCGUGUGCGUUCGCGCGUGUGUGUGUGUGUUUUGUUUUCAUUAGAGCACACACACACGCUCCCGUUGUGUGGGGGUGUGUGUAAUUGCAAUGCUAAACGGUAAAUAAACGGAAAGAGCAAUAACAACAACAACAAGAAGAGAGGAGAAACGUGUUUUUGUUUUGUUUGUUUCAUAAAUGUUUGACAUUUUACACUGCAAAAAAUAAUAAUAAACUAAAUAACAAACGCGAAAGAAACGGUUAAGCAAAUUCAACAAAAGACUUGAAACUUGUGUUCAUAAUUUUAAACAAAACAAACAACAAAAAGUAUUCGACCCAUAAAAAUAUAUACGAAAAUAUAUAUAUUAACCAAUACCACAUACAUAUAUAUAUAUUAACUGGUACACACGAAAUAAUAAGUAAAAUGCAACAACAACGACAAAAAGGAUAACGAAAAUAACGCAAAAUACACAAAGCAAAAAAACUAUUUAAUUUAUAGAAAACAAAAACGAAAUCACAAGCAACCAAAAUCAGACGUAAAGAAAUAUAAAAAAUACAAUUUCAAUCUAUCCAAAAUCGCAUGAACAAAUAACGCAAUAUAUAUAUUAUAUAUAUUUAUAUAAACACAAGUAUAUACAUGUCAAGUAUAUAUAAAGUAAAAUAUAUGUAGGUGUAAACAAACCCAAGUAACGAUUCAUUAAUCAGCGCAAAACCAACAACAUCAGCCCCAUGUAUAGAAUAGAGGAUACGAAUAGCGGCGGCGUUAUGGAUAAGAAUAAACAGAAACUAUCCGCCUAUGGGUCCAGCGGGGGCAGCGUCGCCGUCGACGCAGCUCAGGGCAGCGGGAGCGGGGGCGGAAGACAGCGCCACGCCCCCCUCUACGGACGCUUCGUCGUCGAAGAGGAUCUGCCUCCCACGCACCGGGAUGUCAUGCACCAUCACUCUAGUCCCUCGUCUUCGUCGGAGGUGCGCGCCAUGCAGGCCCGUAUUCCCACCACCUUUCGGGAUCCCUCCUCGGGACCUUUGCGCAAGCUGAGUGUCGAUCUGAUAAAGACCUACAAGCACAUCAACGAGGUUUACUAUGCGAAAAAGAAACGUCGUGCCCAGCAGACGCAAGGAGACGACGACUCGUCCAACAAAAAGGAGCGAAAACUGUAUAACGAUGGCUAUGACGACGAUAAUCACGACUAUAUAAUCAAGAAUGGCGAAAAGUUUUUGGAUCGCUACGAGAUCGACUCGCUGAUCGGCAAAGGCAGUUUUGGUCAGGUGGUGAAGGCUUACGAUCACGAGGAGCAGUGCCACGUGGCGAUCAAGAUAAUUAAGAAUAAGAAACCGUUCCUAAACCAGGCACAGAUCGAGGUUAAGCUGCUCGAGAUGAUGAACCGGGCGGAUGCCGAAAACAAAUACUACAUCGUUAAGCUCAAGCGACACUUUAUGUGGCGCAACCACCUGUGCCUGGUGUUCGAGCUGCUCUCAUACAACCUGUACGACCUGCUGCGGAACACCAACUUCCGGGGCGUUUCGCUGAACCUCACGCGCAAGUUCGCCCAGCAGCUGUGCACCGCACUGCUCUUCCUCAGCACCCCCGAACUGAACAUAAUUCACUGUGAUUUGAAGCCCGAGAACAUCCUGCUGUGCAACCCGAAGCGUUCGGCGAUCAAGAUCGUUGACUUUGGCAGCUCCUGCCAGCUGGGACAAAGGAUCUACCACUACAUCCAAUCGCGCUUCUACCGCUCGCCAGAGGUCCUGCUGGGCAUCCAGUACGACCUGGCCAUCGACAUGUGGUCGCUGGGCUGCAUCCUGGUCGAGAUGCACACCGGCGAGCCGCUCUUCUCCGGCUGCAACGAGGUGGACCAGAUGAACAAGAUCGUCGAGGUGCUGGGCAUGCCGCCGAAAUAUCUGCUCGACCAGGCGCACAAGACGCGCAAGUUCUUCGACAAGAUCGUAGCCGAUGGCUCGUAUGUGCUGAAGAAGAAUCAGAAUGGGAGGAAAUACAAGCCGCCCGGUUCGCGUAAACUGCAUGAUAUUUUGGGUGUGGAAACCGGUGGUCCCGGUGGCCGACGCCUGGAUGAGCCCGGUCACUCGGUCUCCGAUUAUCUCAAGUUCAAGGAUCUUAUCCUGCGCAUGCUCGACUUUGACCCCAAGACCCGGGUAACGCCCUACUAUGCCCUGCAGCACAACUUCUUCAAGCGCACAGCCGACGAGGCGACCAAUACGAGCGGCGCGGGCGCCACAGCGAACGCAGGAGCCGGUGGCUCCGGUUCCAGCGGAGCAGGAGGAGGUUCCAGUGGCGGAGGAGGCGGUGGCCUAGGAACGAGCAGCAGCGGUGGAGCGGUCUCCUCAUCCAGCGCAGCGGCACCCACGGCGGCGACAGCAGCGGCCACGGCAGCCGGAUCAUCGGGAUCGGGCGUCGGCGGGGGAUCCUCCUCCUCUACAGCGCAGCAACAGCAGGCGAUGCCGCUGCCCUUGCCCCUGCCCCUGCCGCUUCCGCUGCCACUGCCGUUGCCGCCACUCGCGGGUGCCUCAGAUGCCCAGUGUCACGGCCUGCUUAUGCACUCGGCGGCGGCCAAUGCGAUGAACAACUUCUCCGCUCUGAGCCUGCAGCCCAACGCCCAUCCGCCGCCCUCGCUGGGCAACAGCCAUCACAGCAGCAACAGCCUGGGCAGCCUGAAUCACAUUAGUCCCGGCAACAGCAACAGCGGCAGCAACAGCAACAGCGCGCGCCACAAUCGCCUCUACGGCCACCACAACAGUAGCAGCAAUCACAACAGCAUCAGCUAUCCGCACGCCAUGGAAUGCGAUCCGCCGCAGAUGCCGCCACCGCCGCCAAAUAAUCAUGGAGGCAGGAUGCGAGUGCCGACGAUCCUGCAGCUGCAGCCGCCGUCCAGCUAUGCGCCCAGUUCGGUGCCCUAUUACGGCAACAUGUCCUCGUCCUCAUCCUCAUGCUCAUCCUCCUCGGUGGCCGCAGCAGCAGCGGCGGCGGCAGCAGCAGCGGCCGCAGCUGCCUCGCAUCUCAUGAUGACCGAUUCGAGUGUGAUCAGCGCCACGGCGGCGGGCGGUGGUCCGAAUAGCGGACCCAAUCCGUCGGCGGCCGCCUUUCUCUUUCCAUCUCAGCCCGCCGGAACGCAGCUGUAUGGAACGGCGCCCGCCUCGCUGAGCGAGCUGCCGCUGCCGCCACUGCCGCUGCCGCUGUCGCAUCCACUGCCCCCCAUGUCGAUGCCCCUGCAGCUGCCGCCCUCGUCGUCGUCGUCCUCCGCCUCUUCAUCAGGAGGAGGAGGAAUAGGAGGAGUUAUAGGACCUGGUCACGUUGGCCAAAGGCGGCACAUCAGCGGACCCGCCUCUGCCCAGGUGAAUGCAGCAGGUGGUGGCGGCAGCAACAACUCGUCUGCGGCCACCGGAGCAGCCAGCAGCAGCGAUGCCUCCUCGUCGUCGCCCAUGGUGGGCGUUUGUGUUCAACAGAAUCCUGUAGUUAUACAUUAGCAUAAACUGGAUAAUAAUAUACUUGUAUUUUCACACACCCUUUGCCGCUCUCUGCUGCUAUUUAUUGCA